GACCUGUUCAAGGCGGUGGUUUCGCAAAAGGUCGGUGUUUUUUGAACGAGAAUGUUCGGAGUUUUAUUAAGGGAGCGGAAGUCUCGAAAACAAUUAGUGCUGCUAAGUAGAUGAUGGAAAAAGCAUUCGUCUAGCGCAUUACUAAAGACUUGUACGUACAAGCCGGCACUGUAUCGAUAUAUCGAUACGACUAUUGGAUAAUUCCUAACGUAGUACCCCGUACAUUAGUAGUGAAUAAGGUCCUGUCUUUGCUUUUACGUUUACGAAAUACUCAAUCUUUUAUGUCUUCUUGCGAAGACCUUUUUCAGAGUUUCUCUCGUAAAGUUGAUAUUUCCAAUAUAUCUAGUGACUUAUUCGCUGACUCAUCCACUGAAUCACUUGGAGUAAAGUUAGAGAAACCGAAGGAUAAACAAAACCGUGUGAUUCAUAGCGUCGGUAAACUUAUUCCAGACUUUUCUUCGUAUGAAAAGCAUGAAUUAGUUGUGGAAUCGGAUAUUAGUAACCAUACAUCUUGUUUUCACCAUCAAAUAGCGAAUCGUAACGAAGAACGUACUACUCCACCUGAAUACCAUCCGAAUUUGGUUGUAAAAACCAAAUCUUAUGAUAUUUUCAAUAGUUCAUCUGCUGCAUUUUGUAGUACUCCUGGACCAUCAAACUCCCUUUCCACCUUGAAGUCGCUUAAAAAUACUCAUGAUUUACCAGCACCUAAAAUUGUGUCAGGUGAUGUUUUAGUGAAUACUCUUCAGGUUACACCUAUUCAUCCAGUAUUCCCUAAUCGAAAAUCUACUGUCAAUUUUAAAAUGGGAAAUAUUUCAUCACAAGUAAAUGGUCAACAAACAUUAACAUCAUCCGAUCAUUCUAUGUCUACACAUCAUAAGAAUAAAUUAGUGAUUACUCAUGGCGUAGAUCAAAUGCCUUCUUCUCAUGUAUUACAAUGUUUUAAUUUGUCUACUACAUCUACCAAUCAACAAAUUGAACAUGAUCAAAUUCCAUUCCAAUCAUCAUUUUCUACAAUGAAGAAAGUGGAAGCUGGUAAAAAAUCUGGAUCCUACACAAAACGACUUACAAGACGUUUUCGUUGUGAAAAUAUGAUAUUAAAUCGUUCAUAUAUGACAUUAUAUGAAGCUGGAGAUAUUAAAGGGACAUUGUUUAAAAUUUGUGAACAAUCCGAUUACAAAACAUUUGGACAAUUAUUUAUUCCAAGUCGUAGGAAAAAUCUGAGUAAAAUUGGUGAAGGAUGCUUUGGUGAAGUGUUUCGUUGUCCAGAUGAAUCCAAUCCAACUGAAUAUGUUGUCAUUAAAUUAAUUCCAAUUGAAGGUAAUAUUAAAUUCAAUGGAGAAUCACAAAAAUCUUUUAGUGAAGUACUUUCAGAGGUUAUUGUUUCCAAAGAACUAACUGCUCUUGGUAUGGGUCUUAAAAAUAAUACAUGUGGAUUUGUAGAAUUGAAAAAAGUUCAUCUUAUCCAAGGUUCAUUUCCUGCAUAUUUGAAAAAAGCAUGGGAUAAAUAUGACAAAGAGAAAAAAUCAGAAAACGAUAAUCCAAGUAUCUUUCCUAAAACUCAAUUAUGGGUUGCUUUAGAAUCAGCAUUUUGUGGUGUUACUCUAGAAAAUAAUGUUCCAAUUUGCCCAUGUGCACGUUUAUCUAUUCUAUUACAAAUUGGUAUAUCACUAGCUGUUGCUGAAUUAGAAUUAAAAUUUGAACAUAGAGAUUUACAUUGGGGUAAUGUUUUAAUUAGUCAUUCAUCAUCUUCCAACUCUUCUUCUUCUACUUCAUCAUCAACAUCAUCAUCAUCAUCAAUAUUGAAUAAUGACAAUCCUUGUCAAUAUUGUUGUACAUUAUAUGAUAAAGAGAAUGAUAAAUCAUAUGUAAAAUUUCGUUUAGAUGGAUAUGAAUGGAAUAUUCCAAAAUUUGGUUACAUUGUUCAUUUAAUAGAUUUUACAAUGUCUCGUUUAGAACAAGAUGAAGGUCUAGUCUACGUUGAUUUAAGCACUGAUCCAACUUUAUUUAAAUCACAAGGUGAUUAUCAAUUCGAUAUCUAUCGUCAUAUGAAAUCUGCAAAUCAUAAUGAUUGGAAAAAAUUUACACCACAAACAAAUAUAAUGUGGUUUCAUUAUUUAACAACAAAAUUAUACACGGAUUCAGAUAGAUUAUCAACAUCCUCCUCCUCCUCCUCCUCCUCUUCAUCCUCGUCAUCAUCAUCACAAUUACAUAAUGUAUGUUGGAAACAAUUAAAACAUUUAGAAUUAAUAACACGUUCAUUUAAUAAUUAUAAAUCUGCUUAUCAUUUAGUUACUAAUUGUGAUAUAUUUAAAAAAUUUUCUAAUUUAUUUUAAAAUUUCUUCAUGUUAAUUAGAAAUAUAUGUAUAUACUACUC